AUGGCGGAUGCACCUCUGUACAAGCAGCACCGCAGGUACACCAGGGAGCUCCACGACGUCGAGCUCCACGGUAACCACAAGUUGCACGUCGUUUGGACAAGCAAGGGUCGAGACGUGGACAAGAUGUUGUCCACGCUCAGGAGGAAACUCGGCGGAAUGCCCGGCAAACUAGUCAGUGUUAAUGUCCAGUACACGCACUAUGUGAAGCCACAGCGGGUAGAAGUGCUCCAGCUAUGCAUAGAACAAGAGUGCCUUGUCUACCACAUCUUUGCACCUAAAGACAGGCCAAUGGAACUGGACAAAUUCCUUAUGAAUGAUGAAUACACCUUUGCUAGAUUCGCCAUUGAAGGAGACAAAAACAAGCUGCAGCUAUCUGGCUUGGCGAUCAACUCUGACAACUACAUUUAUAUUCAGGUGGAAUGGGGGGACCCAUACGAGGAAAAGAAAUUUGAUUCUUUGGCUGAUGUUGCCAGCAGGCUGAUCGACAUUCACUACUAUGACAUGAAGAACACAAUCAACCGCAACGAAGACCAUACUCUGUGGGGGUUUUGCCCGCUGCCAGACAAGCUUAUCAAGUAG